AUGGAUGCUUACACUUGUAUCGUUGCGAUCCUCUGCAUAGCCUUGUUUGCAAUCAAUCUAGUAUUUUCUUGUUUCACUUGCUUUUCCAUUCUACAUAGCUUCAUGACACAGACAGACCGAGACUUGAGUGAACUCAGGGAAAAUCUCAUUGAACCGGAAGAAGCUGAACCAGAGGAGAACGUAAUAACCAUUGCAGUCUCAAGUAACCAAGGAUUUUCUGACUCCAUCGAAGGUGAUAAUUGUGGCCAAGAUUGCUCGCAUGAUAUUUGUGCUUGUUGAAGAAAAGUUGAUUUAUAUUUUUACACUCUUCUAAUCAUCUUUUGCAAAUUUUCUUGGGUAUCAAAAUCCAAAAUUUCUUUAUUUCUUUCCCUUUGUGUAUCGUGAGAGAUAUAAUAUAGUCUGAAUAUAAUGUAUUUAUACUGUC